AUCGAUCAAAGUUCAAGUCAAGUAAGAAUACGGAUCACUCAAUUGUAACGUUGUAAGUGGGAAAAAGGGAAUUUAUAACUCAAUUACACAAUGAUGUAACCUUGCAUAUCCUAUAAUUUCAAGCUCCGAUUCAUGUGUGCUGUUUUGAUUAUAAUAUCAAAAAGUAAAAAUAUGGAUGGGCUACUGUAAUAUUAUCGGACCGAGUUAUAUCGAUAAUAUUCAGACCAAAGUAACAAUACCCCAAAAUAUCGAUAACGAGAAUAGUACAAAAUAGACUUCGAUAGCUCGAUCAUCGAUAUUGGCUACUGGAAAAUAUUUUUGGGUUCCCAAAUUUUAAUUUUGGGUUGUGGAUUUGAGGAAUUAUCAAUAUUUAAUAUUUAUUAGCUUCUAUUAAUUAUUUUCAAAAUGUUAUGUUCCAGACAAGUAUUUAAAGCUGCUUUCAACCAAAGACGUUCAAUCAUGAAAUGCUGCUCUCUUCUACAAAGCGAAACCCUCAAUAUUCCUCCUUCCGAUGGCCCGAAUCCAGUGUUUUCUCCAAAGAUUGAAGGAAUCGUUUCUGAAAUUUCGAAGUUGACACUGCUGGAAGUUUCUGAAUUGUCAACGGCAUUGAAAAAGAAGUUGAACCUCCCCGAUGCUCCGAUGUUUGCGGCCGGUCCUGUGGCCGCGGCUGCUGCUCCAGUCGAAGAGGAUGAAGCCCCCGUGAAAGUGGUUCAAACCAGUUUCAAGGUGAAGCUGAUGAAGUUUGAUGAGAAGCAGAAGGUUGCACUGAUCAAGGAGGUGAAGAGUCAACUCGAUGGAAUGAACCUUGUCCAGGCUAAGAAAUUCGUUGAAGGAGCUCCCAUCCUAAUCAAAGACGAUAUCACCAAAGAGGAGGCUGAAAAAUUUAAAGCUGCAUUUGAAAAAGUUGGAGGAGAAUGUGAAAUCAGUUAAUCAUUUAUCACUGAACACUGUAUGUAAAUAUUCGAUAGACUCAAUACUUUAGUUUAGCUGUAUGUUUUUACUUGAAUUGUUUGAUAAAGCUGGAAAUUCAUCAACUU